CUCCUUCCCAUGGCCGACGCAGCCUCACGCCUCUUCAACACGCUCUUCACCACCUUCUCGGCCGUCUUCCUUGGGUUCGCCUGCGUUAAGCUCCGCCUCAUCAGUCCGGGCGAGGGUGACAUGAAGGGCUUCGGCUUCUUCGUCGGCCAGAUCGUCUUCCCGCUCCUCAUCUUCAAGACGGUAGCGACCGCACAGCUGGAGGGAAUGAGCCUGCAGACGCUCCUCGCCUGCAGCCUCGGCAAGGCCACCGUCGUCGGGCUGACAUUUGCGGCCACAGUGUGCUUCUACCUGCCGCGCCGGACGCUCGGGGAUCGAAUCCUGACCGCCUCCGUGUUCGCCUCCUUCGCCAUGGCCUCCAACGACUUUGCCAUCGGCUUCCCCGUCGUCGACGCGCUCUAUGGAGACGGCAAGGCCGAAGGUGGCGUCGACACCGAUGCGCUCGUGGCUGGGAACGCGCUCAUCGGCUCCGCCGUCUUUGUGCCUGGCGUCACCGUCCUCUUCUCCAUCGGCGAGGCCCUCAAGAAGAAGGACGAGCGCGCGGGCGGUGGCAGCGACAGCAGUGAGGCGGCGCUGAUCGGAGGGCGCUGGCCAGAGGCCCUCUCCACGGCGCGCGCCAUUCUCCUCAACCCCGUGAUCACCAUGACGCUCGCUGGGUUCGCGUACAAGCUCGCCUUUGGCUGGACGCUAACGCUGCGAGACAGCAAGAUGAGGCUCGAGUUCCCGCACCCGCUCUCCGACCUGCUGGAGCUGCUCACCGCCCCCUUCGGGAUGUGCGCCCUCUUCCUGACGGGCACCUCGCUGCGCGGCCUCCGCGUCUCCCUCGUGAGCUGCCUGCUCGUGGCGAUGAAGGUGGUGGUGUGCGCGUACGUGUCGUACGCCCUCGCGGGCUCGCUCGUGGACGGCCGCGAGCUGCGCGGAUUCAGCUUCCUGUACGGCAUGAUCCCCACGAGCAGCGCGCCGCUGCUCUUUGCGAUGCGCUACUCGCCCGCCAGUGCCGAGCUGCUCGCCUCCUCGAUCUUGCUCGGGCUGGAGACCAUGGUGGACACACUCAGCCGCGUGCAGCUCACCACCACCCUCGCCGCCUUCGCGUGCGCGACUCUCUGCCUCGCCUCGCUCGGAGGGCUGGCCCUGCGCGACGCCUGGGGCGGCGCAGGCCCGCAAAGGGCGCUGCUGCUCUGCUACGCCGCCACGCUCGUCGUCUACGCGGCGGCGAUGGCCGCCAUGAGCCCUCUACUCGACGACGGACCCUGCUCGCGCCUGCUCCUCGGCGCCGUGCCGAGCGUGCUCGUCUACCCAAACACGCUCAACGAGGUCUGCAGCGCGGUGAAGCCGCGCCUCGACCCCGCCACGCUGCACCUCGCGCCCAACCUCGCGUGGAACGUGCUGCUGCUGCUCACAUCGUGCGGCCUCUUCGCCUACGGGUCGACGCGCCCGCACGCGCCACGCCGGUCGACCGCAGCGCUGCCGCCCACCGCCCACUCCUCCGACUCCGACCACGCCUCCGACCCGGCGGCGGACGUCGAGGCUCGCGGGAGGGGGUGCGGCGGAGUCGCGCCUGGGGCGGCGGGCGGAGCGAGCAGAGCCUCGCUCACCGCGUCGAUGCGCGCCUCGAGCGCGCUGCCCGACGGCCUCGUGCACGGGCUGGCCGCCUUUGCGACGCUGCGCUUCUUCCUACAGUGCGUCAACACGCUGCUGGUCGAGUUUGAUAGCGCCGUCGCGGGCGUGUGCGACCACGCCGGGGGGCUGCCGCCACAGCGCCGCUUCACGCCGUGA